GGCUCCUGCAGGGUGCGACCCCCGGGAGCGCCCGGCGCGCGCGACGAUGAGGGCGCGGCCGCAGGUCUGCGAGGCUCUGCUCUUCGCCCUGGCGCUCCACACCGGCGUGUGCUAUGGCAUCAAGUGGCUGGCACUGUCCAAGACGCCAGCAGCCCUGGCACUCAACCAGACGCAACACUGCAAACAGCUGGAGGGCCUGGUGUCUGCGCAGGUGCAGCUCUGCCGUAGCAACCUGGAGCUCAUGCGCACCAUCGUGUACGCAGCACGGGAGGCCAUGAAGGCCUGCCGCAGGGCCUUCGCGGACAUGCGCUGGAACUGCUCCUCCAUCGACCUCGCCCCCAACUACCUGCUUGACCUGGAAAGAGGUACCCGGGAGUCAGCCUUCGUGUAUGCCCUGUCGGCCGCCACCAUCAGCCACACCAUCGCCCGGGCCUGCACCUCUGGCGACCUGCCCGGCUGCUCCUGCGGCCCUGUCCCAGGUGAGCCACCCGGGCCCGGGAACCGCUGGGGAGGAUGUGCGGACAACCUCAACUACGGGCUCCUCAUGGGGGCCAAGUUUUCCGAUGCUCCUAUGAAGGUGAAAAAAACAGGAUCCCAAGCCAAUAAACUGAUGCGUCUACACAACAGUGAAGUGGGGAGACAGGCUCUCCGUGCCUCCCUGGAAACAAAGUGUAAGUGCCAUGGGGUGUCUGGCUCCUGCUCCAUCCGCACCUGUUGGAAGGGGCUGCAAGAGCUCCGGGAUGUGGCUGCUGACCUCAAGACCCGCUACCUGUCAGCCACGAAAGUGGUGCACCGACCUAUGGGUACCCGCAAGCACUUGGUGCCCAAGGACCUGGAUAUCCGGCCUGUGAAGGACUCAGAACUAGUGUAUCUACAGAGCUCCCCUGACUUCUGUAUGAAGAAUGAGAAGGUGGGAUCCCAUGGGACCCAAGACAGGCAGUGCAACAAGACUUCCAACGGCAGUGACAGCUGCGACCUCAUGUGCUGUGGGCGUGGCUACAACCCCUACACGGACCGAGUGGUGGAGAGGUGCCAUUGCAAGUACCAUUGGUGUUGCUACGUCACCUGCCGCAGGUGUGAGCGCACAGUGGAGCGCUACGUCUGCAAGUGAGGCCGUGUGCGCCGCCCCUGUGGAGGGGCGCUGCUCCCCAGAGGACCCGCUGAAGGGCCUGGAGACCCUGGUGGACUUCCCUGCAGAUCUCGGAUGCCAGGCGUGGGAGGCGGCUUGUGCUGUGACUCCACUUGGAAGCCACCAGGAACAGGAGGCCUGGUCGCCCUGGGAGGGCCGGGGGAUCAAAGGAAACCGAUAGGAUUAAAAAUAACCUGGCAGCCUGGGGCCCGAGUGACCACAUGUUGCCUUCCAGGCUGCUCCAAGAAGCCAGGGCAGGGAUGGGUAAGACUGGGUGUCUUUGACCUUUCAAGGCCAGAAAGACCAGCCUUCCAGAAUGUUCUUUGGGACCCUGUGCCCACCACAUGGAACCACUAACUUGGGUUGUAAAUUUUUAUUUUCCUUCCCCCCCUCCUUUGGGAUGUGGGAGCUACAGAAAUAUUUAUAAAAUAUAGCUUUUUCUUUGGGGUGGCUCACUUCAA